AUGCGGCGCCCCAAGGUGUGGACCUGCCUGGCUUUCGCCCUCGCUGUGGUCGUGGCCGCUAAAGGUAGUGACGGUAGCGCCGAGGAGCAACCAGAAGAUGACUCGGCGGGCGCAGACUGCGGUUGCUCUGCGGGACUCAGUCGAGACUCGCCUGGGGGUGGCGAGGUCAGCUCUGGCAGCAGUUCCUCCGCACGUGACGCCGAGACAGCCACGGCAGAGCCAGCGGCAGAGGAGGAAGAAGGACCAGACGGGGCGGCGUGCGAUCCCGGAACGGAAGCAGAGGCGGCGGGGGAAGACGCGGCGGGAGGAGGCAUGGUGUUGGUCGAGGAAGGGGACUUUCGUUUUGGCACGGACAGGCCCUUCAUCAUUCCGGACGGAGAAGGCCCUGGGCGCCUUACUAGUCUCCCAAGCUUCUACAUCGACAGGUUCAUGGUGACGAACGAAAGGUUCGGUGAGUUCGUCGGCAACACGUCUUACAAGACCGACAGCGAGAAGUACGGCUGGUCCUUCGUGUUCUUGCCCAUGCUGUCCAUGCGGCAGCAGCGCGAGAUUCAGCAGGCGGUGGCGGGCAUGGAGUGGUGGCUUCCCGUCGAGGGAGCGUACUGGCGGCGACCAGAAGGCCCAACGACCGACGUAUUCCGAGACGGAAGGGGGAACCAUCCCGCGACUCAUGCUGACUGA